AUGGAGAUUUACUGCAUAAACUCUCAUAGGGAUUACUACAAGAUGAAGAUUUUGAACAACUUGGGGCGACUUCAACGUCGUGAGCAUCUUGACCAAGUUUCUGCGAAGUACCAUCUUGUUGACGGGGAUGGUGUUGCUCUUCCUGCUCCUGAUGCAGUUACCGAUCGCCCUCCAUUACGUAAGUUCCCUAAAGUUGUGUUGGGGAAAGUUGGCAUGAGUCUGUAUUGGUUGCAUCUUGGUAUUAUUCCUACUUUAUUCGUCCAUGGUCUGGAUGGAAGUCAGUUUCCAUUUAUGUUGUCUGACUUUGUUGAGGGUAAGGUUGUGGCACGGGAUCUUGGUUCUGACGAUUUUAAACUACCAAUGAUCAAUGAUAUAUUUACUUAUGGUGAUAGAAAUGACAAUAAUACCCAAAAUGAUGAUGAGGAGGAUUCGGAGUCCUCGACUAAAGUACAUGAAUUGUAUGAUGAUACAAACAAUCUUCGUACACCCCCUGUUUCUACUGACCUUGUGACUGUUUCUAAUGAUGAUGGUGAUGAUGAGAGUGGUGAAGGACCUUUAGUACGUCGUAAAAGAGGCAGAGACUCUGCUGCUUCGACUGCCAUAACAAUUGUUCUAGCUGGUGGGGAGGGUAGUAGUGGUAGGGUUCUCAAGAGAUUCCAUUCCUUAGAUCAUGGUGCUUUCCAUGAUUUUGCUAACAGCUUUAGUGUGGGCCAUCCUUCUUCUUACAUGACUCAAUUGAAUAUGAACAACCCUCCUCAUGAUGCAGUGUUCCUCAUGUUGGAUCACUGUCUAAGCCCGUAA